AUGACGUCGGCUCCAGGAUCAGCGCCAGAUUUCGAACGCCAACAGCCAACCGCCACACCAAGCAAGAAACGCCGCCGGCCAGCACUGUCUUGCGAGCAGUGCAGGCAGCGCAAAAUUCGCUGUGAUCGGAAUCUACCUUGCAAGAGCUGCAUCAAGCUUAAGAUCCAAUCUUGCACCUACGUAGCAACGCAUAUUCCUAAAUCUCGGGCAAGGGGAAUCGUUAGUCAGUGUCAUGAUGUUGGCUCAGCAGGGCCGGUCUUGGUCCCGGGACGGUCGGCAACAGUCGGUGAUCAUGCAGGGAGUUGGAUGGCCGAUUCUCCUCCGUCGGGAACGCCCCUCAGACAUCUGGCUCCUGGCCCGGCAGCAUGCCCUGGAAUGGAAAGCCCAACAGAACAUGCGCUCACGGCAAGGAUUCAAGAGCUUGAGCGAAAGCUUGAAGAUGCGCACCAGGGAACGUCGUUACCGAAAGACAAACUCUUAGAUGACAGCAACAACAGCGGCGAAUGGAGCGCUCCCAUGAAAGGAACAAAUGCCAAGAUCCGGUUCUUUGGCCAAAGCCACUGGAUGAAUGGUCCAGACAUGUUCCCAGACGUCCUCUCUACACUCAUUAAUGCCGAAGCCAAAAGGAUAGGACCCUAUCGCAACUUCAUCAAAUGCAAGACUCUUGCCCGCACUAUCAAAGAACACCGAGCUGACCCUGUCUCCUCGACCACCUUGGGCGAGACUGUUCCUGCGAAAGCUCUCGCUGAUCAACUGGUGGAUGCCUACUUCUGCAACUUUGAAGGCGCCAUACGCAUUCUCCAUGUGCCCACCUUCCGCGCAGAGUACGAACGGUACUGGCUGAAUCCCGCGACAGCGAACGUGGCCUUUGUCAUACAGAUGCAAUUAUGCAUGGCCCUGGGGGCAUCUGUCCACGAUGAUGUUUUUUCUCUACGUGCGACAGCUGUAAAGUGGGUGUGCGAGGCACAGCUAUGGCUUAUAUUGCCCCCAGAGAAGAGUAGGAUGACGAUUGUGGGCAUCCAGAUUCUGUGCUUGCUCUCUAUCUGCAAGGCUGCCUGCGCCGUUGGUCAGGAUCUGGGAUGGGUCACGUCGGGAUGUAUUGUGCGGCGAGCCAUCUGCAUGGGUUUGCACCGGGACCCGAGCCAACUAGCAAAGAUGACGGUGUAUCGAGCUGAGAUGCGGCGCCGCUUAUGGGCCACCAUCCUCGAACUCAACUUGCAGGCGUCCUUUGACGCUGGCAACCCGCCGUUGAUAUCUCCAAAGCAUUACGAUGUUCUCUUACCUGCAAAUCUCAACGACGAUCAGCUCACAGAUGAAGCCGACCACAGGACUGCGGCGAUUGACAAGUCAGAUGAGCUCACAGACAUGUCGGCCCAGCUGCUAUUGCUAAGGUCGCACCCUCUCAGACGUGAGAUCAUCAGACAUGUCACCGAGUCCCGAGGAAAGAACUCGUAUCCAGAAACCUUGCGACUCAGCUCUGAGCUCACAAAGGCCUGUCACUCUAUGACCAAAGACCUGGUUAUUCUGACAGAAGCACAGAAACGAGCUCCUCGGGCGAUAGCCAAUCAGUUUCACUGCAGAUUUAUCCAACUCAUGGUCUACCGCUGCUUUGCUCCUCUCCAUCAGCCAAUGCUACGGCUUGCGCCCAACGAUCCUACCGUGUACUACUCUCGCAAGGUCUUGCUCGACUCUUCCCUCGAGAUCAUCGAGAUAUGCAACCUGUCUCGUCCGCGGAGUACUGCAGACGCACGCGGAUUGAUUGACACGGCGACCGCGUUCGACCGCCUAAUCGUCACCGGCUCAGGGUUCUUUCGAGUCGUACCCCUGCAAGCGAUUCUAUCGAUCGGGAUGGAGUUUGUGCACAUCAAAGAAGAAGAAGAGCGUGACCUGCUUGCCACGAUGCGUCCCAAGGCUAGCAAUGAACUCCGUCCCAUUAUCGAAGCAUCAAUAGAUUGGGCCGGACGACGCAUCAGGGCCGGCGAGACAACCAUCAAGAUCUAUUGCUUGACCUCCGCGGGACUAGUGCUGGCAGACGGCAUCGACAAGGGGCUUUCUUCGGAGCAGAUUCAGCAAUCAGUCUUCGAGUCCGGCGAGGAGAGUAGUAUCCAGUGCUGGGAGUACCUCAAGGAAGUAGCCGACCGUGACGGAGUAAAGAUCAACGAGGAUGAUGGGUCUCCCGCAAAGGUCGAGGUGCCAGCCGACACAAUGGACUUCACGUUUGAUUGGUUCGGGGGUUUUGGCUGGGACGCGGUGGGCGAAUGGUCGUUCGAGGUGUGA